AUGCAAACACGGCGAGCGGCCGGCAGCAGCUCCGUGGCCGCAGUGUCUGCAUCUGCAGCUGUAGCAAUAGCUCCCGCUUCAACACCCAAAAUUGUCAGCAAGAAACGCACACGACGCCAAUGCUCAAACCCCGACUGCACAAAAGUGGACGCUGGCGGAGGCUUCUGCGUGGCUCAUGGUGGCGGCAAGAAGUGCUCGUUCCCGGGGUGCACAAAAGGCUAUCAGACCGGCGGCUUCUGUAGACAACACGGUGGCGGUGCUCGCUGUCAGGUGGACGGGUGUGGGAAGGUGGACGCUGGCAGAGGCCUGUGUCGAGCGCACGGCGGCGGAAGACGCUGCCAGAUCGCUAACUGUCCAAAAGCUGAUGUUGGCGGAGGAAGAUGUACAGCCCACGGCGGGGGUAAGCGCUGCUCAGAGCCAGGAUGCACCAAAAUCGACCAGGGAGGAGGCAAGUGCCGAGCUCAUGGCGGCGCAAGACGAUGUCGCCGACGCAACUGCCAACAACCAGCUCGAGGCUCGACGGGAUUCUGCCCGGAGCACGGUGGCGCUCGUGUAUGCUCAGUAUUGAGCUGUAGACGACUGGUGCGUUCACCAAAUGAUACUGGAACGAUGUGUGCGACGUGUGCAAGGAGUCAAAAGCAGAGAGCAGCAGUAAAGCCCACACAGGAAGACAACAGUGAUCACUCCAAUGAAAGUCCAAGAAAUAGUGCAAUACCUACACCAGAAGGCUCGGGUGCGUCAGUCUUGGCGUCGUUCAUACCAUUGUCUCCGAAUUCAGCCAAUGCGCGCUGUGACGGCUCUCAGGCUGCCAACUGCUUGGACAAUGGCUGCGCACGUAGUUUUGGAGGCAAUUGCAACUGUGUCGAGGGCUGCACGUGCAAUAGUCCAACCUCAUUGUCUACGUCCCGAAUGCUUCCCAUGCUGGCGAGUAGCAACACCAUCACACGCGUUGCUGCAUCCACGAAUCAGACAAUCGGCACCGAAUUUGAACCCCUUGGCUCACCGACGCCGAGAGCUACAAUGAUGCCGCGAGCUAUUCUACAGAUCAAGCCACAUUCGAAUUUAAUGGGGAUCGAGACUAUAAUGGCAAUGCUGGGGUCACGACUUGUCGCUGUGCGUGGAGGGCAGUCAUUAGACCUAGAAAAGAGCUUGGCACCCCUGAAUACUCUCCAGGUUGCUGAGAUCAACGUCAUCGAACAGUCGACAACUUCAUGGACGCGAAAAGAAGUGGUGCUUCGUGUACCUGACAUGAUGUGUCCUGCCAACUGCGGUUCGUCGGUGCUGAAUGCUAUCCGAGCACUGGGAGGAGUGGAGGCAGCUAGACUGCGCUUUGAGCACCGUCAGAUUGUUAUACGUGGAGAUAUGAACGUCGACGCCAUUCAAACUGCUGUGUCUGACAUUGGAUUUGACUCGGAGGUAAAUGCUGAGACUCCUCUGCCUCGUCGAUUUCGGUUUCGCGUCGAUGAUCUGGGUGACGUGGGUCUGAAUGGCGUUAAACUCAAAGAUGCCUUGAAGGCCGUGGAAGGUGUUGAAAAUCUCGUGCUGUUGACGGAUCGAGUUGAAGUUCUGGUAGUGGCGAUGCUGUUGGACGCCAGCCCUCUCUUGAAAGCUGCUGAGCGUGUUGGGUUUGAGAUGUUGGAGUUGUCAGAAGAAGCGUGGGGGAUCCCGAUGGAGGUUGUGCCGACAUCAUCAAGCGAUACAGGAUCCAACUCAACGAAUGAGUACUAUCAAUCCCACAAGUGCGAUAUGCGCGUUUGUCCUCAAAACGGUUGUCCGAGGUAUAUGACUACCGUAGCACAUACGGCCGCGCUUGCUGUUGGCUGGGCCGUGCCAGGGUGUGGCAUGUCCGUCGGAGGUGAGUGCACAUGCGGCGAUAGCUGCAAGUGCGUGGGUUGUCCGGAGCAUAACCCCGUGUCAUGA